AUGCCUUCGGCUGAACCGACAGGGAGCUCCCCCAACCACAAUCCAGAUAGCAAAUCAUUGGGCUCUAUCAAUGUUGAUAGAACAGACUCGCUCUCUUCUGAAAUCAUCCACACAAAGGUGAAGAGACGAUGGACCUCAUACCUAUGGGACACUUUGGACAAGUCGCCAGAAGAGAGACGGUUUCUGUUCAAGCUCGACGCAGUGCUUCUUUCAUUCGCUUCGCUGGGGUAUUUCAUCAAAUAUCUAGACCAAGUCAACAUCAAUAAUGCUUUCGUUUCUGGUAUGAAGGAAGAUCUUAAUCUUUUCGGAAAUCAGCUGAAUUACAUGCAAACUUGCUGGACUGUGGGAUACGUCAUUGGCCAAAUUCCAAGUAACAUCCUCUUGACUCGAAUCAGACCGUCCAUUUGGAUCCCGUCCUGCGAAGUCACCUGGGCCGUUUUGACAAUUCUCAUGGUCAAGUGUAACAAUGCACAACAAAUUUACGUUUUGCGAUUCUUCAUCGGACUUGCUGAAAGUACGUUUUAUCCUGGGAUGCAAUACAUCAUUGGAUCUUGUGCUAUUGGUACCAUGUUCUCGGGGUAUCUGAUGGCCGCUGUCUAUCAUCUUGGAGGCAAGGAUGGAUUUAAAGGUUGGCAAUGGCUAUUCAUCAUCAACACCGUCAUCUCUCUGCCAAUUGCUCUGGCUGGAUAUUUCAUGAUACCCGAUGUGCCUGAAAUUACACGAGCGUGGUAUUUUACAAAAGACGAUAUUGCAAUUGCCCAGAAAAGAAUGCAGCUUGAGGGUCGAGCAAACCGAGCUCCGUUUACCAAGAAGAAAGUGAAGAAGAUACUUUCCAGUUGGCAUAUAUACUUGCUUACAUUGCUAUACAUCUUCUUCAAUAACGGAAAUGGCGCCGCAUCUCAGCCUGCCUUUCAGCUGUGGCUCAAGAAGGAGGGUUACAGCGUCACCCAAAUCAACACCUACCCCACCAUCACCACUGCUAUUACUGUUGUUACGACAUUAAUCUACGCUCUUACAGUAUGGAAUAUUCCAAUUGGCUGGAAGUGGGCCUGCUUCUUCUUGGCUGGAUUUGGUGGAGGUAUUAGCGGUCUUACCUUUGCUUGGGCGCAUGAGAUCUGCACAGAUGACAAUGAGGAGCGAGCAUUGGUGACUGGAACAAUGAACGAAAUGGCUUAUGUGGUUCAGGCAUGGCUGCCACUGUUAAUCUGGCAGCAAGUUGAGGCUCCCGAGUAUCCAAAAGGAUACCCAACAUCCAUUGGAAUCGCUGUUGGAAUGAUAAUAAUGGCUUUCUGGAUCAAGUAUGCACACGGACGAGAGAAACGGAGGAAACAGGCCCAAGAGGAUGAAUCAACUUUGGGAAUAUCUACUGCAUGA